UGCUCUGCAUUUACCUAUAUGGGGGAGGGGGGGCACCUGCAUUCCUGAAUCAGACAUUCCUUAUUGUACUGGGGUGGGGGUUACCUGUACAUUACUGGCUACUGAGAGGGAAUCCUUACUACUGGAUUAGGGCUCAUACUGACCAGCAUUUCACUCUGCGUUCCCUGCACAUCAUGUUCUCUUGCACCUGCAUUACAUGCCACUGACUCAGUGAGUAUAUGGACACGGAAUCCAACCACUCGGGAUAUUCACAUCACUCUCGGGGUCGCCAGCAGAGAGAGAGACGUCACGAUGGACAAAAAUCAGUUAAUGUUACGGUUGGACAGCCCCUGCUGGGUGAGGAUUCGGGGCGCGGAGAGGAGGAUGAGGAGGGACAGGAUGAUCGUUGGGGUGAGACCACCACAGCGGUCACAUCAGAGCGUAGUGCAUCAUUCGAGGACUUGGCCCCAGUUGGAACCUCUAGGAUCCCGGACACUGUUAAGCCUAAUACCUGGAUUAUGAUUGGAUUUUACUUGAGCUGUGCUCUUGGACUUUUUGCUAUCCUUACCCCACCAGCUUUUAUUGUGCUCCCCCAAGUUUUUUGGGGGUCUCAGCUGGAACCCUGUGGUGUAGUCUGUGAGGGGCUUUAUAUUUCUUUGGCCUUUAAGCUGCUUCUUCUUUUUUUGGCUAGCUGGGCUGUUUUUCUCCGUCCUCCACGUUGUGAUCUUCCUCGACUAGUUGAAUUCCAUGCUCUUCUAAUAGUCUUGCUCUUCUUCUUCCUCUCCUCUUACUGGCUCUUCUAUGGUGUGAGGGUCCUGGGCCCACAGGAGAAGAAUCUCCUUGGAGUGGUGGAAUAUGCAGUCUCAUUGGUGGAUGCUCUUAUUUUCAUUCAUUACCUUGCUCUCAUUUUGCUUGAGCUCCGCCAGUUGCAACCCUUCUUCUACCUGAAGGUCAUGCGGAGCAGUGAUGGAGAGAUGCGAUUUUACAGCCUUGGAACCCUCAGUAUACAGAGAGCCGCCCUGUUUGUAUUGGAGAAUUACUACAAGGACUUCCCUGUGUUUCGCCCCGAUCCUCCUGUGGUCAGAAAGCGAACCCGGCACAACAACCACCACCAAGUGUACAGUGUGGAUGGUCCCAAUAGCAGCACAGUCAGCCAAUCACAGACUCUGAUCUCAACAUCGACCAAUUACAAAGAGAGAUAUUAUGAAGAGGCAGAACAUGCACGGAAAGUCCGGAGGCGCAAAGCCAGGCUGGUGAUGUCGGUGCAUGAUGCCUUCUCUCAGCUGAAGCGCUUGGUGCAACAGGACGAAGAAUGGAAAUUGCCCAACACUUUACAUCCACGGGAAGCGGCCCAGAGCAUAUUCCCACUAAUUGCCCAGAGCCUACAGCGCUACCUGCGCUCCACCCAGCAAGCUCACCUGCACAGCAUGGAGGAGAUAAUCCAGCAUCUCACACUGUGUUUGACCCAUCGAAUGUCACCCCAGGCCUUUCUGGAGCAGUAUUUGCACCCUGGCCCUCCUGUUCAAUACCCCAGCAACCCUUAUGGAGUCUGGACACUGGUGAGUGAAGAAUCAGUCACAAGUCCCCUUAGAUCUGAUCUGACUUUCUGCCUCCAGUGCUCUGACACUCAGCUGCUGGUGACUGUUUGUGGGAUCCCGUUUCUGAAACUGAGUGAGACCUUCAUCUCCCCAAACUCCCAUCGUCUCAUUGUGAGUAGCAAACCUGAGACCAACCUGUGAGUGGCCGUUAGUAGGAGCAGGGAUAGAGGGACUUGAUGUUUGCUAGGCAAAGUGAUGGAAUGAAUGGAGGGCACUGCUAUGCUUACCCCAGCAAUCAUUAUACGCCUCAUUGGUUUGCCUCCUGGAGAUGGAAAAAUGGUUCAUUGAUGUGAUAGCUCCUCAGCUUGUUGGUAGAUGCUGUGAUGGAAAGAUGUUUCACCUUGGUGGUAGCCACUAGCAUGGAAGGUGCCUCAAGCUUAAAGCUUUGAAAGAAUGUUCCACCUUGUUGUUUCAAACUUGGAUGGAAAAAUGUCACCUUGGUAGUAGCCAUUGGGAUGGAAGGAUGCCUCAGCUUGGUGUUACCCACUGGAAUGGAAAGGUGGCACCUCGGUGGUAGCCAGUGGGAAGGCUGGCUGAUAUUGGGAGAAGACUUGCUGCUAUACCAUACUCAUGACAAGAGACAUAUUAAUGUAUUUAUACAAGCUAAUUCCUUGCACGUGUGACCAGGAGGAACCAAUAUUGACCUCUGUAUUACAGACAUUAUUAUUAUUGUUAGUAUUAAACUAAACUUCGAGUGGU